AUGGCGGGCGCCCCAGCGGACGGCGACGUCCAUGGCCUAGCAACCUGCAUGAGCGCGCCAGAGGCAGCCGGGGCCGAGAUCUGCGCCGGGGACGGCGUCGACGCGGCCUCGGACUCGACCACGUCCACCGGCAGGGGCGAGGCCGGCGAGGCCAGGAAGGCCACCGUGCUGGAGACGCACGGCUACACCGUCGGGGAGACCAUCGGCUCGGGGUCUUACGCGACCGUCAAGGUCGCCAAGUCGGAGAACCACGACUGCAAAGUGGCCGUGAAAAUCGUGUCCAAGUUCCAGGCGCCCAUCGACUACCUCCGCAAGUUCCUGCCGCGCGAGAUAGAGGUGGUGAAGGGGCUGCGGCACCCGAACGUCAUGCGCUUCCUGCAGGCCAUCGAGACCACGCACAGAGUGUACAUCGUGAUGGAGUACGCGGCCAACGGCAGCCUCCUGGACGUCAUCAGGCACGAGUCGCACAUCGACGAGGCGCGAGCACGCCGUUGGUUCGGCCAGCUUGCCGACGCCGUGCAGUACUGCCACGACCUGGGCAUCGUGCACAGAGACAUAAAGUGCGAAAACCUGCUCAUGGAUGGGGACUUGAACAUCAAGCUCUCGGACUUCGGCUUUGCCCGAGGGCUGACGGCGUACCGGGGUGAAUCCGCUAGUCAAGGCGCAGGGGCCCACCUGUCCGAAACGUUCUGCGGUAGCUACGCCUACGCCUCCCCGGAGAUACUCCGCGGCGUCCCUUACCAGCCCCAGCUCGCGGACAUCUGGUCCAUGGGCGUGGUGCUGUACGCCAUCGUGUUCGGUCGCCUGCCGUUCGACGACUCCAACUUCAACCAGCUGCUCAAGCAGGUGCAGGCCAAAGUCCGCUUCCCCGACGAGCCGCGUGUGUCCGCGGCCUGCAAGGCGCUCAUCCGCCGCAUCCUGGCGCCAGCGCGCGCGCGGCCCCGCCUGUCCGCCAUCCGCGCCGACGCCUGG